UAUGUGAAGGUUCCCAACGUGUCGAUGAGCAUUCAUUUUGCACUAUCUGAUAUCCCAGAGACGUAGAUGAAUUGUUGCUGACACCAGUGUUGCAAAAUGAUUUUGAGAGGUUGAGCCAGAGCCUCAGAAAAAUCGUCACGUAGGGGUUAACUUCUCCACCUCAGUACAAAUUAGUCACAGAACAAAACGAAAAAUGUUCCGUAUUUUUGACAAGUUUCUGCCUCAAAAGGAUCAAAGUCAAUUUGACAGAAAUGUGUCCCCUGCUUUCUACUAUGUGACAGGUGACCGCAACAGCGUUCAAAAAAGGCGCACUGAAAAGCAACGGCAAUGAAAAGUCAAAGCUAGACCAGCAGACAUUAGGAUCUGGGGAGAGAGCGAGCAAGGCUAUCGAUUUUAAAGCGAACCAAGUCAAAUAAGAUAUCUUCCAGCACCUUGAGAGCUAACGAACAACAAAAUAUCCCGCCGACAUGGCCUCCGAUGCUAGUCAUAUGUUGGCGGCAGCACUAGAGCAAAUGGAUGACAUUAUCGCUGGCUCCAGGGCUCUGGUUCCUCUGGGGGAGUUCAGUAAUGCUCUGGUGGAGCUGCCGGGGGCCUCCAUGGCCUUCUCUGCCCGUCUGCGAGUGCUCCAGCUGGCCGAGGAGCUGCGGGAUGUGCUGGAGCUGCAGUACAGCCCGGAGGAGGCCGACGCGCUGAGGAGGCAGAUCCCCGCCGACACGGCACGCGCGUUGCUGCGGUGGCUCGGCCAUGGACUUGCUGUGAACCUGCAGUCGUUGGGGAACAAUGAGAACUAUCAAGAACGCCUGACUCGAUUAGAAGGGGACAAAGAGUCACUCGUUCUCCAGGUGAGUGUGUUGACUGACCAAGUGGAAGCCCAGGGGGAGAAGAUUCGGGACCUGGAGAGCUCCCUGGAGGAGCACCAACACAAGCUCAACAACACGGAGGAGAUGUUGCAACAGGAGCUCUUGAGCAGGACCUCUUUGGAGACCCAGAAAUUGGAUCUGAUGGAUGAGGUGUCCUACCUGAAACUGAAGCUUGCCGGAAUGGAGAAACAGAACCACAGUGUAGAACGUCAACACAAAGCUGAGAGUGUAGUGAAUCUGAUUAGUGAGCUCCAGGAGCAGAUGUGUAGGAUCCAGCAGGAGCUCACCGAUAAAGCGCGGGGGAAAAAAGAUCCUGUGGCUGAGAGGCCAGCUGACGGGGAGGGCCAUGGCGGCGGCGGCGGUAUCCCAGCUGAGGCCCCUGCCGGUGGGGCGGAGGAGGAGGCCAGCAGUGCCAGCGUGGCUCCCAGUCCUGGAGCUCCAGACACGGAGCAGAGUGGCCUGCUGACCGAACUGAGGCUUCUGAAGGACAAGGUGGACGAACUGGAGGACGAAAAGCUUCAGUAUGAGAAGAAGCUCAAAGCUACCAAGGUGGAGAUCUCAAACCUCCAGCAACUCCUCAUGUGCAAGAACACAGAGAUUGAGACCCUGCAGGCUCAACUCCUGGCCAGGUCCCCCGUGUCCAUGGACAGCGCAGAGAGAGAGGAAAUAUACAGGAGAAGACUCAACAACAAACACCAGGAGUUGCAGCGGUUAAGAUCAGGAAUGGAGUCACUGCUUGCAGCAAACGAUGAAAAGGAUAGGCGAAUCGAGGAGCUUACCAUCCUGUUGAGCCAGUGCAGACAGUUCCGAGACACUUCAGCCAAUGUACCAGGCCAUGGAGAAAGCGUACAGCCUCGGUCACUGCCUUUGUUUUGUCCUGUUGAUGGUCCAGUGUCCAGAGAGCGAGCUCUGACCGGCUGCAGUGAGGACGGGCGCAUGAACGGGGAUGUGAGGAUGAGGGCGCUCUCCCUGAAAACCCACUCAGAGUCCUCCAGUGGGUCCUCUCCCAUUCUCACGUCGCCUCUGGCCAGUCAAAGAGAAGCGGAAUCCAGGUCUCAACCGAGACUGAUGUCGUCUAGUAUGGAAGAUUUGCAGAGCGGGCUUGGGAAGCAAGUAACUGGAGCAUCAGUAGAACCUGUAGUGUCAGCUGAGGUUCGACCAGCAGACAACAAGAGCCAGACGUUGCCAGGGAAACUGUCUCUGGUGGAGCAGAACAGAGAGAGUGAAGGCAGUGACACUUCAGCUCAGAAGUCACCGGAAGAGAGCGAGGAUGGAGACUUCAGCCUAAACCUUUGCAGGAGUGCAAGUGCUCCUGCUUUAGGAAGACAAGACUUCUUUGGUAUUGGGAAAGGUGAGAAAAUGGAGGAGACGACAUCCUCGGACGUCUCGCCCAUGUCCUCAGGGGCAGACUCGGGACAGCAGUCCCCUGUGUCCCAGGAAAAUGUCAAGAACACCAAAAGUAUCCGAAAAAUAUGGGGGAAAAUUAGGAGGACGCAGUCGGGGGGCCUGAAUGGGGUUGACCUGGAGCCGUCGGAGUUCCGCAGGGGAGGACUGCGAGCCACGGCCGGCCCUCGCCUGGCCCGCACUCCUGACUCAGGCAGCUCAGUCCGGGACAAAAACACACCCUUUGCGAAGUGGACCAAAGAGCAAGUGUGUGGUUGGCUGGAGGAGUAUGGUCUGGGCCACUAUGUGAACCUCACCAGGCAGUGGGUAGAGAGUGGACAGACCCUCCUCUCCGCCACCCCUCAGGACAUGGAGAAGGAGAUGGGCAUUAAGCACCCACUGCACAGGAAGAAGCUCCAGCUGGCUAUAAGGUCCUUCAGCAACAAAACCAUGGAGAAGUCCUCCGAACUGGACCAUAUCUGGGUCACAAGGUGGCUGGAUGACAUUGGCUUGCCUCAGUAUAAAGACCAGUUCCAUGAAGCUCGCGUGGAUGGCAGGAUGCUUCAGUACCUGACAGUGAACGACCUUCUGUUCCUGAAAGUCACUAGUCAGCUCCAUCACCUCAGCAUCAAGUGUGCCAUCCACGUGCUCCAUGCCAACAAGUUCAACCCCCACUGCCUGAGGCGCAGACCGGGCGACGAGAACAAGGCCUCUCCCUCGGAGGUGGUGCAGUGGUCCAACCACCGUGUGAUGGAGUGGCUGCGCUCAGUGGACCUGGCUGAAUAUGCGCCCAAUCUGAGGGGCAGUGGUGUCCAUGGAGGCCUCAUUAUCCUGGAGCCGCGCUUCAGCUCGGACACCUUGGCCAUGCUGCUCAACAUCCCCCCGCAGAAGACGCUGCUGCGGCGCCACCUGACCACCAACUUCUCCGCUCUGGUGGGGGCGCAGGCCCAGCAGGAGAAGAGGGAAUACGCCAACGCCACGGGGCAUACGCCUCUCACCACCACAGCCAAAGUCAGGCCAAAGAAGCUGGGUUUUACGCACUUCAGUCACCUGCGUAAGAGGCGACCGGACGACUCGGCGGACUACAUCUGCCCCAUAGACACCAGCUCCCCCUCCUCUCUCAACGGCUCCCCACUCAGGCCCUACGCCGGCCUCAGGGGACUCAGCCCUGUGCUGGACAGAGACUCGGACCGGAUGGAGCAGGUUGGAUCUCGCUGCUGAUCUGUCUCCCACUCUCGGCCCAUAACGCUGUGCUUACAUAUGGCCAUUAACCCCGCCUACCCCCUUCACCUUUUGGGACGCACUGUGGUUGCAAUCAGGGUGCUAAUCGGGUCAGUUGAUUGACUUGGACUUAGGUAAUGGUGAUUCCGGAGGGGGUUAAAUGGACGGAGGAAAGAUACAAAUCAAAAUGGACUUUUAACAAUGUUGUGAUUUUUCUUUUUUAAAAAUGCGUGGUGUGCACAAAAAUCACUCAAGUUGUAAAUGGUGUCUCUGUUUGAAUAUUAACGUUCAUGUCAUUCAUGUGUGAUUGAUUGGGAUGUUACAGAGCCUAAAGCGGAUGUGUUAAAAAUGUGAUUUUCCUGGGCAUGCUGAAGAAAUGACUCUAGAAAUCGUUGUUGCAUUCCUCCUGCUUAUGGUACUCCCUUUGACCUGCUAAUAUCUGUGUGUCAUUAUUAUGCUGUCCAGCUCACCUCUUUAGCCUAAUUAAAGUAUGCUACCUGUAACAAACCUGUUUCACAAAACAUCUGCUGCUUUGCUUUGAACUGCAUUAUUAUUUAAAUGACAAAGAAACAAGGAAGCUGUUUUGUUAGCUCAUAUCACAAAUGCAAAACAAGUUUCAGAGGAGAUCAGUGUUGGCAAUUGAUUGUUUAACUAAUUAAUUAAAGGUUAUGCAAUUUAUAUUCUAUAUUGUCAGUCAGGAAUGGUGUUUUUUUAUUUUGAAAUAUGCAUCAAUCAACAUUUUUUUUGUUAUGCUUACAAAAUAGCAAACUACUCUGCUAUUUUGAAUAUCCAAGGUAAUGCAAAUUUACCUCAUUUAAUUUUCGUAUUUUUGCCGAGCUGCCUUAGCUUAUUAGCUGCCAUUACUCCAUAGGGUUGACACUAGAAAAUAGUAUAUGAACAUUCCAUGCCAGUGCUAAUGUCUUUUUGAAAGACCAGAGGCAAACAUAGUCUCCACCGGAAAAAACAAUGUUACAGUCCCUAUAUUCUCCCAAUACUACUCUUUCAACAGGAGUGCACUGAAGAAAUCAGUUGUAUCAGUUCAGCGGGUGAGGAGGCCAAGUGUAGAGAAACACGACUGUGAUCCAUAUGGGACCCUGGAGCAGACAAAGGUUGAAUCAGAAGCAGAAGGUAUAUUCAGUAUGACUGUAACACCAAAUAAGCAAGAGAUCAAUAGAAAAACUGAUCAGCAAUUUCAGACCUCCUCUGAUACAGUGAUGAGGACUAAAUCACUCUGUGUAUUCGGCAUUUGUACCACUCUUCAUUGCUGCCCUCUGCUGUCCAAUAGAAGAAUAACAUUAAAGUGUUCACACAGAAUGAACCCAUGCAUGUGAGAGAUACUAAAAUAAUAAUGAUUAUACAUGUCGGAAAAUGAUCAUAGUCCUAGUCAAAAAGCCAUACAUGGGACAUAAACCCAUCACUUCAUUACAAUUUACUUUUUUGUCCAUUCAACUAUCCAGCUGUCAGUGCCAAGGACUCAAUGUUUCCAGUGGAGACUAUUCAUUUGUUUUGACAUGGCCAUAAAUUUGUGUUAUGUGUAUAGAAAAAAAUGAUUUGUCAGUUUAAGCCACUGAGAACAAGAGCAGUGUCCUGCUCAUCUGUAGGCUGACUGCAUAUAAGAACUCUGGUGUUAGCCUUGAGGGUUGGUGUAAGUGUUCGCUCUUGAAUUUCCCACCUAAUUUCCAUGAAAUUUGAUAAGGUUGGUCCUACAGUUUAUGUUAAGCCAACCCGCUUCAUGUAAAUUACUGUUAAAGUGAGGACUGAAUAAAUAUCCUCUUAAAA